AUGCUGGCGACGAUGCUUAAGCCGUGGACGUUAUUACGCUUGGAUUGGCUGCUGACGCCUGAUGUUUUGCUGCAGGUGAUGAUACUGUGGCCACUGGAGCUAUACGAGGCUGUUGCAAUCCUUCCUGUAAGCUUCUUACGGCGCCACGUGCCCGUAUUGGGCGGCGCAUUAGUCGUGCUCAUGACCCUGCACGGCAUCCUGCUGCGAUUGUUCUUGGAGCUUCUGCGAGCCAUAUUCGCGCGUGUAACCUACUCGCGCGAUCCGGUGCUGACGUUCCGCAGCUUCUGGCGUGCCAUGCAGGAUCACUACGCCUUUUUGGAGCCCAGACGCGUGGACUGGCAGCUCGUGCGCCAGCUUUUCGGGGACGCCAUCCAGCCAGCCACGAGCGACGAUGACCUCUGGAUAGCACUACAAGAGAGCGUGUCGCUAUGUGACGAUCCGUCGCUCGCUGUCUCGCGUGUGGCAGGAUCCUCUGCAGGGUCUUUAGGACCCAGGAUGCUGACAGUGCGCGGUCACAAGCUACCUACUGCCGCGGCGCUGAGGUUCCAGCAACUAGCGCUGGCUGCUAUUGAGAGAGCUCAUUUGACUCAGGGAGGCCGCAGGAUCGCCAACAACCGCUUCGUCUGCGGUAUCUUAAAUGCCGAGACCUGUCCGGGAUGGAGGAUUGGCUACAUUUGUCUUACGGCAAUGCACGGAUUUGUUGAGUUCCCGCUGCCCACAGUCGACGCCUUAAUGCCUUCCUGGACAAGAGGAUCACCCGCAUCUAAAACGACAGGAGUAGGGGCAGGACAGACGCUGAUAGAAAUGGACGGCAGAGGGGAGGGAUCAUUGGCCGGUAGUUCCGUUACUGUGCCUGAGAUCUACGACUUGGAGUCCAUGCGCUGGUCAUUGGAAGCGAUCUUACUGGGAUUAGGAGACGUGGACGGUCUCAUUUUGGACUUGCGCUUCAACCAAGGUGGGGGCUCUCACGUCGCGGCAUUGACAGUCGCUUCGUUCUUUGCCAGCGAGAACAAAUCGGCGCUGGCUUUUUCGACGGAAGAAAAAUUGCCUGGUGCGACGCCGAGAUUCUCUAAGCGGAAAAAGUACUACAUACCCUAUACGUCGCGCUGCCCCCGCUACCGUGGCCCGCUGGCUAUUCUCCAAAGUCAAUACACUCGCGGUACGGCAGAGCUACUGUGUUUGUCGUUGAUGAAGCGUCCCCUUACGUCCAGAAUUGGUGCUUCCACCGCCGGGAGUCUGUCCCCCACCCGACAGCUGCGAUUACCAAACUAUUGGACAGUUGACAUCCCACACCAGAGGAUCUUUAGUGCGGACAAUGAACUCUUUGAAGGUCUGGGUAUCCCACCUACUGAAGAGGUGGCGAAGUUCCCUGCUCAAAUACUCAAUGGCAAUUCGCCAAAGAAAGAAAAAACGACUGCAGCUGCGGCCAGUGCCUCCUUUGAUCCAUGUGUGAGGAAGGCGAUCGACCAUAUUAUGGGCCUCGAGACAGCGCUUGACAAGUGA